AUGCAGAAAACUAUCCAAUCUCAUGCUCUGAUUUAUAAGAAAUUCGGAGAUCCCAGAGAAGUUCUCGAACUGGAAACGAUCCAGAUUCCAGCUGAACCUUCGAAAGGGGAAUGUUUAGUACAGUGGCUGGCAUCUCCUAUCAAUCCGCUUGAUAUUAACCGAGUUCAAGGAAACUAUGCUCUUAAAACCAAACCGCCAGUUAUUGGAGGAAGUGAAGGGGUUGGAAAAGUCAUAAAGGCUGGCUCUGGUUCUCGUUUCAAGGUUGGUGAUCAUGUCACAAUAUUUUCAGCUGAAACUCCAUUUUGGACUGAAAACGGUAUUGUCGAUGAUAAAGAUCUUGUUCAGCUGGAUAAUAGAAUUCCUCUGGAUCUUGCCGCAACUCUCAUGAUUAAUCCUCCAACUGCAUGGAUAAUGCUCCAGAAAUAUGUAAAACUGGAGAAAGGAGAUUAUGUGAUUCAAAACUCUGCCAACUCUGGAGUUGGAAGAAGUGUGAUUGAAUUGUGCAAAGCUUUUGGUUACAAGAGCAUUAACAUCGUUAGGAGCAGACCAAAUAUAGAAGCAUUGAAAACGGAUUUAUGGAGAAUUGGAGCGGAUCAUGUAUUCACUGAGGAAGAGUUCAAACAAACAUCCAAAGAAUUUCUAAAGUCUAUUAAAUCUCGUCCAAAGUUGGCACUAAAUGGGGUUGGAGGAAAAAGUGCUUUACAAAUUAGUUCAGUUUUGGAGAGAGGAGGAACUUGUGUUACAUAUGGUGGUAUGUCUAAAAAGGCACACGAAUUCACUACAUCUGCACUUGUCUUCAAUGAUAUUCAAGUUCGUGGAGUAGCUGUAGGAAUGUGGGCAAGAAGAGAAGAGAAUCUGGAUGAAUGGAAUUAUUGCGUUGAGCAGGUUCAGAAAUUCGCUGUGGAGGGAAAAUUAACAUCAAUCCCAAUGGAAAAAGUUAGCUUGGCUGAUCACAAGAAAGCGAUUCAAAAAUCAAUGGAAGGCAAAAGCAUCAAGCAACUUUUCAUUAUCAACUCUUCAGCUACUUCCCGAUUGUAA